AUGACCGAGACCAACAUCCCUCAGCUGCGAUUUCCACCACACAGUGACCGUCGAGUAUGGCUAAUAUCCUCCGGCGACAACCCUAUCGGCUUKAAUGUAGCUCGCCAAGUCCUUGCUCACGGUGACUGUGUGGUGAGCGGAGUGAUCCCCUCGAACAUCGUUCGCGAUGAGAAUCGCCGAACUUAUUUUGAGGAUUUUCUCGCGGAGGUCGAGCGGAAUGAGGAACAUGGAUGGAAAGAUCGAUUUCGCACGUUUCUUUUAGAUAUCAGAAAAAUGGGCGAAUGUCAAGCCGCCGUAGCCGAAGUCGUGAAUCUCUUCGGCAGACUGGACAUCGUCCUCUGCUGCACCAGUCAAGCAGUCGUCGGCUCAGUCGAAGAACUGGCCGCUUCAUCGCGGACACUGAGUCUCGUCCGCGACCAGUUCGAGAUCAAUUACUUUGGGCCUGUGAAUAUCAUUAAGUCUGCUCUUCCGCAAAUGCGGUCGCAAAGAGCGGGACAUUUUCUUGUCUUGACGGGGAUCAGUAAGACAGUAUACAUCCAUCUAAUUGAGGGCGUGAUACUGACCUCGCAAGCGGCCCAUCUCGGCACUCCAGGACUAGGCGUAUACUGCGCAUCCGAGUGGGCUUUAGAAGGAUUUUGCGACAGCAUCGCAUAUGAAGUAGCCCCCUUCAACAUCAAAGUCUCCAUUCUCCAAUGCAGCAUGGAAAUCUGCAUACUCACAAACCUGAUUAGCAGCGUCCCGCCUAUUCAACCCGCGUACUCGGUAUCAGAGAACAACGCUCCUCUAUUCCGGAAUAUUCUAGAUGGACUUGUUUCGAGAUUACCUCAAGCAGCAGAGAACCUUAAUGACAGCAACGAAAUAACAACGCCCAAGUCGAACAACUCACAAUCAAAACAAGGCCCGUUCUCAUCACCACACGAUGUAAUCACCAUGUACGCGCCCUUUAGUGCCGCGCAUCUGGAGGCUCUGACAUUAGAGACGGUGCACGCCAUCACUGCUAUAGGUGGGCAUGAGAAUCCGCCUUCCCGACACAUCAUCGGACAAGAAGGUGUGGCUGCGGUCAAGGAGAAAUUGAAGACUGUCAGUGAAGAGCUAGAAGACUUUGUGCAGUCGAGUUACUCGGUCAACAUUCAUGAGAGUACGGUUGAGGAGGAUUUUAAUGGGGAUAUCGUGUAA